AUGUGGUGGGAGAGCUGCGAGAGGAUACACUGCGGAUUCUGGGUCAAUCUUGGUCAGUCUAUCCAGUCACGCCCCGCACUUGCACUGAUCCGCGUAGAUAACAAUCGUGCCACUCAAUCUACCUUGACAUUGCCCACGCAAUGGGGUAUAAUCCUGACUGCCUUCCUUGCGCUGUUCAUUAGGCUCGCUGGCAGUUAUCUCUGGGGCAUCAUCUGCUUCGCCAUACACCAGUCAAACGCUUCCUCUGAGCCUCAAGAUGAUACAUACCACCAGAUCCAGGUCGCUCUGCGCAACACAGACACCGAAGCCAGCCUGGGUUGGAAGCUCUUCAGAGUGGGCGCCGUCCAUCAGGGUUCAAGAAUCAACGCCUUUGGCCGCACGUCCUGGCUGAUUUUGCUUGCGAUGGUGCACGCUGCUGGUAUUGGUGCUCUCGGUGGUCUCUCUUCGAGGUUCAUUGCUGGGAGCGAUGCUGUUCUGGCGGUCAAGGGAACCUGCGGUUGGAUGGAGGAAGUUGCCCAGAACCAGUCAGAACGCCUCAUGGAAGAGCUCAAGGAUACGACGAAGUUCAAUACCUUCAGCGCUCUGGUAGUCAUGGCGAGGUACGGGUAUCGCCGUAGCGCCGGCUAUGCACGAUCAUGCUAUGCGCAGACCAGCGACAAUUCUUCCAACGCCUGCGAAAUCUACACGCAGCCGACUUUGCCUUACAAUGUCAGUCUCUCAGAGCCAUGUCCGUUCAGCGAGAAGGUCUGCAACGGAACAGCAAUGACGGCGGACAUGGAUGGCCUGCGGUCCGAUACCGACUUGGGCAUCAAUACCUUGCCGGAAAGCGCUGUCACCUUGCGUCAGACCUGGACUUGUGUACCUGUCGACGCGCAGCCGUAUGCCACACAAUGGGGCGAUGCGGAUGAGCUGCACAUGAACAUCAGUAUGGACGGGGGGUGGAAUGACGGCGUUCCCAGAAGUGAGAAGCGCAUAUGCUACAAGGUCGGAACAGACGAAACGAAACAGACGCCCUUCCUCUUUUGCAUAACGAGUAACGCGCUCAAGUAUGGCGACUCUUCGUACGACAUAAAGUCUGCAACAUCCUUUGUGAAAUACAACGGCUCGUACGCGCCGAUCUUCAACCCCGUUCCCGAACUUGACAUACAAGACGCUGACGUUACUCUGAUGGGACUUAUUUCUCGGAUCACCUACCCCGAAGCAAUCCAAGACCCUUGGUUCACCGCAACCAACUACGGCAAUGGCACGAACAACGCCUACAAAACCAAGGGCUGGACCGCAACGCACCCAAGAUCCUUCCUAGGCUGCCGCCAGCGCUACCAGCUCUGCACCGCCGACCGAUCCUACUGUUCGCCCUACACAGGCGUGUACGGCAUCCCCCACGAAGACGAAGACCUGAAAGACCUCCACCCAACGCAAAGAGCAGUCUUCCAGCUCAUGUGGAAAAUGAUCUGGUUCACACAGCUCAACUUCCAACUCAUCUUCAUCGGCCGCGAGAACCUCAUCGCAAACGACUACCUCUGGGACGGCGGGACGCAGUUCGGCCUUUCUGCCGCGCUCCCACCAAACCACUGGCAGUCUGAAGUGACAAACUUCUUCAACGUCAGCCUCGCCGCGCUGCAGCGCGCCGGCCCCGCCUUCGCACAGCCGCCUGACUUUGACAUUGGGAAUUCCAACACCGCUGACCAGAACGAGAACGCCACUAUCCUGCGGUACAUUGUACGGCCGCAAGACGCAGAGAUGCUCCGUCUUUGCGACAGUAUCAAGAUGCGUUCAAAGGCCCAUACAUCGUUCACCGUGCUGGGGCUCUUCCUCCUCAUCGGCAUCGGUCUGCUGAUCAUGCUCGUAAACACCAUCCUACCACAACUGGCAGCGUACUGGCAGCGCCGGGCGGGACUGGGCGCGUACAAGAGGCUUGAGUGGGUGGAGAGUGGUGCGUUCCAGCUGCAGCGCAUGGCGGCGGAGGGGGUUGGAGUUGGGCCGUGGCGGGGAAAGGAGGACGAUGUGCCGACGUUGGCUGGAGGAAGGGGGGAACUGUUCAAUCUCACGGGGAUGAGUUUGAGGGCCAGGGGUGCAGAGCCUGGGUUUGGGGCGCACACGGGGUAUGCGGGGUAUGCAGGUGGGGGUGGGAAUGGCGGGUAUCAUGCUGUGCGGAGUGGCGAGGAGAUGGAAAUGGGCGUGCUAAGGGAGGAGACAAAAGACAGCGUAGCGAGUGUGAGCAAGAAGGGGUUGUUGGGCAAGUAGGCC